ACAGAGAUGGCAGAAUUAUGCCCUGGCUACAAGUUGUUUACCUUUCAAUAAGGCCUGGAGACAUAUUCUUGUAUCCAGCAAAGCCUGGAAAGUCCAGAGUUUGGUGGGAGCCAAUUCAGGCAAAUGCAAACAAUAUAAAACAGGCUGCAGAAGGGACUUUACAGGACAGGUUUCGCUUUCCCUUAGCAACAUCAGAUGACCCAUGACUCAUCUCACAACAGCCCCCAGAGAGGUGAGCACACCCUCAAAAGGUUUUCCCUCCACCAAUGGGAUUGGGCAGUUGAAGUUCCUCUUUUCUUUUUCUUUUUCUUUUUGCUGCCUCCUCCCCUGCUUUGCCUGCCCUCUUUGAAAACCUCCAGAAAAGAAAAGGAAUUGAGAAAGAGAGAAGCAAGCAGAGGAGCUGGGAAGACACAAAUCAGGUAAGGCACAACUUUUUGGGACCUCUAGAGGGGCAUCUCUUAGGUAGGCUCUCAUAUCAUCGCUGUUUUGCUUUUUCGUGGGUGCAGUUCGGUCCUCUCCUGGCAAAUUCAUCUUGUGCAGCUGAAGUGGGUUUGGUGCUCUUGUGCAGCAAACACAUCCCCCCCCCCCGCCAGAAAAAAAGAGGACUCUUCUCCUGUAUGAACUCUAUAAGAAAUUGUGUGGGGAAAAGUGUGAGGCAACCAUUGCUAUACAGGAUAUAUAACCUUCACGCAAACAAAUCAGAAUAAAUGCUCAAAAAACAGGUCAUUUGGAAGCAACCUUUGGAGAAAGCUCAGGGCCCAUACCAGUAUUCUGUCAGAAAUGGUCCCAUCCCUGACUUUUAUUUGACAUACCCACCCCUCCCCAAGCACUGCUUGUCAUAAAUAGUAACUGGAUAGCUCAGUCGGUAGAGCAUGAGACUCUUAAUCUCAGGAUCAUCCCAUAUUGUGAAAAAGGUUCCUGCCUUGCCCAGGUUUGAACUAUUUGACCCUCUUGGUCCCUUCCAAUUCAAUGAUUAACACAGGGCAAAUAGCACCAGGGACAGGCUGGUUUUUCAAGAGAAAAAUGUCACAGGCCCUCAAUCCUAAUUGGAAACAGGCUCCAUGUUAGGCACCCAGGCUGUUUUUCUCUCUAAAAUGAAAGUGGCCGGGUGAACAUACCUCAUUUGUAGCUUGACCAUUAGGAUUUUGCAACAAAAACAAUACCAUAUAUAUGGGUGUUCCAUGUCCCACUGCUGUUGUGAAUGGUGAUUAUUUUGCAUGCAUUUUAUUUAUAUUUUGAUAAAUAUGAUGUCAAUAGGUUUUUAACUUUUGAUUUUAUUGCUAUUUUAAUGAUUUUUGUAUUCUGGAAGUUUUUGUUCAUUAAACAGUAUAUAAAUCUUGUGAGACAAAUACAUUUCAGGUUUUUAAAAAAUAAAUACUUUAUUAGAAAAGAAAGAAGAAAUUACACACAAAACAAACUUAAAGAACCAGACAUAUUUACCAUAAGAAAUGUUAUCUAAUGAAAACCUUAGAUAUAUUGAAAUAUAAUAAGAACAUAGGAAGAAUCCUCCUGGGUCAGGCCAAAGGCCACUCUUGUCAUAGAAUAUAUAGAAUUGUAGCGUUGAAAGGGACCUUGAGUGCCAUCUAGUCCAACCCCCCGCAAUGCAGAAAUCUCAACUAAAGUAUCCAUGACAGAAGGCCAUCCAACCGCUGUUUAAAAACCUCUAAGAAAGGAGACUCCACAACCUCCUGAGGGAGACCGUUCCAUUGUCAGAAAAUAUUUUCUGAUGUUUAGUUGAAAUCUCCUUUCUUGUAAUUUGAAUCCACUGGUUCGAGUCCUACCCUCCAGAGCAGGAGAAAACAAGUUUGUUCCAUCCUCCAUAUGACAGCCGUUAAGUUAUUUGAAGAUAGCUAUCAGAUCUCCUCUCAGUCUCCUCUUUUCCAGGCUAAACAUACCCAGCUCCUUCAACCGUUCCUCAUAAAGUUUGUUUCCAGACUUUUGAUCAUCUUGUUGCCCUCCUCUGCACACGUUCCAGCUUGUCAACACCCUUCUUAAACUGUGGCGCCCAGAACAAGACACCAUAUUCCAGAUGUGAUCUGGCCAAGGCAGAACAGAGUGCAAAAUAGUCUCUCAUCCAAGGCAGAAUAGUCCAGCAUCCUCUUCUCACAGUGGCCAACCAAAUACCAGCAGGAAGCCCACAAGCAUAAAGACCUCUUUUAAAAACCUACAUUGACAUUUUAGCAUAGAAGCGGGCAAAAAAGAAACACGAGGCAAUUUUCUUGAGGUGAACUGAAGUCCACAAAAACUUUAUAAAUGUGUUUUGUUUAUUAGAGGCUACAUGACAUGUGUGUUGUUUUUCAGGGCUGUGCAUGUAAGUGGCCUUUCCCUUUCUCCAGGAUGGCACUUUGGCUUUGGCCUCUCCUGAUUUUCCUGAGGGCAGAAGAUGCAGGAGCCCAGGAUCCAGUCAGCUUCAAGGCCUGUAAGAGGGAUCCUGGCGAGAAAGUGCUGGAGGUGCUGCCAGGGGGUGGCUGGGACAACUUGCGCAACAUAGAGAUGGGAAUGGUGAUGAGUCUCAACUACUCCCAGUGCCGGACCACAGAAGAUGGCGAAUACCUCAUUCCCAACGAUGUCUUUGUGCUGCCCCUCAAGAAGAGCACAGUGGAACUGCACUCUGAGAUCAUUCAGGACUGGCAAAACUACACGGAUGCCUUUGCCCAGUCUGUCAACACUGACAUUUCCUUCCUUCCGGUGCUUAACGGAAAGUUCUCGGAUGGCUCCCAGGAGACCAAGGUGCACAAUGUCUAUGACGAGACAGUCACCACACGGGUGCAGGUCCGGUACCACAUCUACUCCGUCAAAGCUCUCCCGUCCAUGGCUUUCCACAAGGAGUUUCGCCGUCAGCUUGUGAACAUAGGCAACCACCUAGAGAACAAGCAGAGACGGUCUGCCGAGUACCUCGCAGAGCUGCUGGUGCUCAACUACGGCACACACGUCCUCACAGAUUUGGAAGCUGGAGCCAGCCUGAUACAGGAGGACCAGGUGAAGCGCAAAUUUCUGUUGGAAAAGGCCUCAGAGAAAGCAGGCAUCACUGCCUCAGCAUCAGUGACGUUUUUCAGCAAGGUGAACGUGGGAAUGGGCUUCUCCUCACAGGUCUGGGAUAAUCUGACUAAGAGCUACAUCGACAACACGGUGGAUUCCAAGAUGGAGGGCUGGGGCAGUGUGCCCUUCUACCCUGGCAUCACCCUCCAGAAGUGGCAGGAAGGCAUCCCUAACAGCUUAGUGGCUAUAGGCAAGUCUGGGAGGCCUCUGCCAUUCUUCAUCACUCCCGAAGCUUUGCCAGAACUGCCCGAGCCUACCGUUCGGCGAGUGGCCACUGUGGUGGAAAAGGCCAUCCUCCUCUAUUAUGCUGUCAACACCCACCCAGGCUGCCUCAAGCCCGAGUCCAGUAACUUCAACUUCCAGGCCAACGUAGAUGACGGGUCGUGCCAAAACCCCAACACGAACUUCACCUUUGGGGGAGUCUUCCAGGAAUGCCACAGUGUGUCUGGCAGGGAUGCCGAGGAGCUCUGCCAGGCCUACCGGAUAAAGAACCCGCUGACAGGCAGCUCUUCUUGCCCAGCUAACUUCUCUGCUGCCCUUCUGCACGGCGAGCAACGCACCGCCAGCAAGCCCAAGACGGAGUGCCACCAGCAGUGCCACACCUGCUACCUUUUCUUCUCCUGCUGCGAUACCGUUUGCGGCAUCCGCUACUAUCCCAGUACGGUGAAGUUUAAUGCCUACUGGUGUGCUGCCACGGGCCCCGUCCCCCAAAAUUCAGGUUUUCUCUUUGGAGGACUGUACACUACUGGGAACGAGAACCCGGUUACCAAGACCCGUGCCUGCCCGGCCUACUUCUUCCCCCUGGUGCUGUUUGAUAAUCUGAAGGUGUGUGUCAGCAGCGACUAUGAGAUGGGAUCUCGGUUUGCGGUGCCCUUUGGGGGCUUCUUUAGCUGCCAGUCUGGCAAUCCUUUGGCUGGAUUACUGAAGGGGCAGAGCCCUGGGGUCCUCCAGGAUUUUUUCUACCAGGACUCCCCUACCAAAUACCCCAUGAAAUGCCCUGCUGGGCAUAGCCAACACAAGGCCUACUUGAGCGAUGGCUGCCAAAUCCUCUAUUGCUUGCAGGCCGGGACCCUUUUUGCCCAGCAGCUAGCCCCCCUCAAGCUCCCACCCUUCUUGCGUUCUCCCUCCACAAAUUCCAGCCUUCCCGACACCAUCCUGGUGCAGUCUGACGGGAGCCAAGCCUGGGUGAAAACACAUGACAGCGGGAGCUGGAGGCUGGCCAAUGCCACUGAUAAGAAAGAGAUAGCUCUGCUUUUGGACGGGCAGGAUCAUUCCAAACUCUCAGGGGGCUCCAUCGCUGUAAUCACAAUAACAGUCAUUGCUGCUUUGGCCAUUACCAUGGCUAUCGCAGUUUACAAAAUCCGGCACUUUAAAAGCAGAGGAUACCAGGAGCUGUCAAAUGAACGUCUAGUACAGGAUGAAGUAAACUACGGAGCCGCAGAAACUACUCCAGAUCUCAGUGCUGCCUGAGGCAGCUUUUUACCUGGGCUCCAGAAAUAAGACAUGCGCUUUCAUUGGGGAGUAGGUGCACAGGUAACAGGGGCAGAAUCAUGACUGGUGGGUGAAAGCAAGCAUUAGCAUGGAUGUGGAGCCCUCAUCCCACAAUAAACACCUACCUGAAAGCACAUUGCUUUGUGUGGAUUGUAAAGAUACAUUUGAUAUUACAAAGAGCAGCAAGGGAACCUCUAAACAUUGCUGGACUACCAACUUCCAUCAGAGCCAGGCAGCAGGACCAAUGGGCAAACGGGGUGGAAAAGAAGAGAAAAAACACCAAACAGGGACGUCACAGGCUCUGCCAUCCCUCUGUGAAGAAUGGGCAAGGCAAAGCCCUGAGCAGAAACAACAUUAUAAGGGCCUUGUCAGGUUACUGAGCCUUUUAUAUAUCAGGCUGUUUGACCGUGCUUAUGCUGCUUCACUCUCUGGUUGAUGUGGGGGUUUUAUACUGGAUUUGUUCAUAUAAUUCUAUAGCGCUUCGCCUCAGUUUUUAAACCAAGCAGUUCAUCGUCUCCUAGUACUCUGUUAUGAAGUAAUGCAACAAAUGCACACAAAGCACCCCUCGGGCAGCCACCCAAAGCUUCUUUUCCUAAUGAAAUACAUUCCAAGGUUUUAAAAAAAGACUUUUACAACUU